AACAAACCCCCUUACAUAAUCGUUAAUUAAUUACAAUGCAUGUUUCGACCGCUGCGACUUCCCGCCCCGGUCGAGUCCUCGCCGCCGAUUGCCACUACUCUGCGCCACCCAACCGAACGGCCGCCGCGCCGCCUUUAUGCUUCACGAAUGCCGCGUAAAAUUCUUCAACGUUACUAGAACAACAGUUUUGGAAAGGCAAUACUAAGUAAAUAUUGACACUACUUGCGCCGAUUUUGAUUCAAGUUCGUUGAUAAAGGCGAAUAGGCAUGGGAAUUAUUAAAGAUGGUUCGAUUUCGGGUUUUCUGCCUAGUAGCGGCGGGAUGUUUGCAGUUCACUAUCCUGGUUAUCCCUCUUCCAUAGAACGUGCAGUUGAGACUCUUGGAGGUCAGGAAGGCAUUCUCAAGGUUUGUAGUGAUAAGUCAAACAAGCUUGAGCUGCAUUUUCGCCCUGAAGAUCCAUAUUCUCACCCCGUGUUUGGAGAAUCCCGUCCUUGCAAUAAAUUUCUCUUGAAAAUUUCCAGCAAGAAAGUUAAGGGAAUUCGAAAUGUAGAGGAACCUAAUCAACUUUCUGAACCUGCAUCAGCAGAUUCACUUUGUACUGAGCAGAAUAGUCUGAUUCCUGAAUCUGAUGAAAUUGCUAAAUGCACCAACCCUCCUAAACACGAAUCCAGUACAGCAUCUGAAGAAGCCAAAGCAGACAUAGAAAAUGAAGUUCAAUUGGACCUUUCUGCAGAUAUUGUUGCGAGGGUACCCGAGGCAUAUCACUUUGAUGGGAUGGUGGAUUAUCAACAUGUGCUUCCUGUUCAUGCUGAUGUAACUAGGAGAAAGAAACGAAAUUGGGCUGAAGUGGAUUCAAAUUUUGAGUCCCGUAGUCUGAUUGAUGUUGAACAGGAGGAUUUGAUGAUUUUGCUUCCGCCACUCUUUUCAUUGAAGGAUAUUCCAGAGAAAGUUGUUUUAAAACCAUCAGGGGAUCCUGGUUUGAGAAAGAAACAAGAUGAAGCUGUUCAACAGAACAGUGAGAUGGAGAUAGAGCAAUGUCUUGCUAUCGACUUCAACAUCAAAGAGAUCCCUAAGAAAGUAGAUUGGAAAAAAUUAAUACCUGAGGACUCAGAUCUAUGGCAGUGGCAAACGAUAGUGUGUGAAUUGUUUGAUGAGCGUCCACUAUGGGUUAAGAAUUCUUUUUCUGAACAUUUGCUUGACCGUGGUCUGAAUGUUGGGAGCAAAACACUCAAAAGGCUUCUAUUUAUAGCAGCAUAUUACUUCUCCAAUGGACCAUACAGAAGAGUGUGGAUCAGAAAAGGCUAUGAUCCACGCAAGGAUCCUGAAUCACGCAUAUAUCAAAGAAUCGAUUUCCGAGUGCCACCAUCAUUGCGAAGCUACCGUGAUGACAGUGAUAUAUAUGGAGUUAAGAUCAGGUGGAUGGAUCUUUGUGCAUUUAAAGUUUUCCCUCGUAAAAGCCAAAUUUUACUGCAACUCAUUGAACUUGAAGAUGACUAUAUACAAGAAGAAAUAAAAAAACCUACAAGUCAAGAAACCUGCAGCCUGCAAACAGGAUGGUUUUCAUCACGUGUACUCGACUGUUUGAGAUUGCGUGUUGCGCAGAGGUUUUUGUCUGUAUAUCCCGGCGCUGGUGCAGAAUCUCUAUUGAAGGCUGUCACUAGACGCUUUCAGAGGACUAAGAGGCUGCCUUUAGCUGGAAAGAACUCGAAAGUUAAUAAAAAGGAGAAACAAGAUGUUAAAGAAGUUUUAGAGCAUGAGGGUACUGAAGCUAACGAUGAAGUUGAGCAUGGCGAAGAAGUUGAGCAUGACGAAGAAGAUGAAGAUGAAAUGGAUUAUGACAACCUCGGAGAGGAUGUGGAUGCAGAUGAGGCACUCGAUCAGGUCGAUCAGGACGAGGAUUUCCUACUACAACCAGAUUCAUAUACAGACAACAAUGAGAGUGCAUCAAAAGGCUAUUUGCAGGAGCUUUUUGGCAGCUUCCCCCUCGGCACUGGAGUUGGCGAUGGAAUCGGAGACGCUGACGACCCUUAUGAUGAUAUAUAUCAAAUAUAUGAACAUUACAGUGAUGACAACGACUCUGACGAUGACGGCGACGAGAAUUAUUGAAACAUUUAUCGAAAUAGGACAUCAAGCCUGCCUGGGAGUAUGGUAUGUUCUUUUUUUUCUUUUUUUUUUUUUUGAGUUUUGAUUUAUAUUGUUUUCUAAAUUAAUUGAAUGUGAUACUUUUGUACUAUAAAAAUUUGGUAUGUUUUUAAGAAAACUGUGGCCUGUGCAACUUGGGUUGGUAUUA